AUGGAGCAUGGAGGCUCAUGGAGAGGUCUUGUGGUGCGUUUGAUGUGGUGGCAUCACACACCUCACUCGAAAACUACUCGCCAGCGAGCCUCUCCUUUCCCGCAUGCGUGUUGGCUCUCUUCCUCUUCUCUCUUCCGGUCUCGGCUCUUCUUCAGGGCAGCGCCAACCAGCCGCAAAAACAAAGCGAGGCACAGAGGAGGAGUACUCACGACACGAGUAAUGCCGAAGCAGGUCAUUUCAUGCAGCAAACAUGCCCGGCAGGAGAAACGCCAUGGCGCUGUCCGCCGGACUGCAGGUGUGCCUAUGGCGAGCGCCCCCUCCCCCCUCACUGAGCGCGUGCGUGCCGGCACGCCUGCGCACCAUCGCCACGCGUCCUUUUUUGGUUUGCAGGCGAUUGGGCUCUUUCGUCCUCUCAACCUUCACGACAUUUGCGCCUCCGUCUCCUGCCUCGCACACUCCCUCACCUCCUCCCUCCCUCUUUCUCUCUUCCCCUUCCCUUCCUUCGACGCCGGCGCCACGCGCACACAGGCACAGGGACAGACACACCUAUGGACAGCGUGCUCGUGUGCAAACAUGUGGCAGACUCUGCGGCAGCGAUAUCGUCUUCAGCCCACAUCCCUCGCAGCCUUCCUGGAGUCCAACUGCACGGUGUCGAAGUCUCCGACGGCGGCGCUACACCGCAACUCGAGCCUCGUCGUCGCCGAAACCAACAGCCUCUGCAUCUUCGAAAACCUCGUCGCAGAGGAAUCACUCGCUCGUGGUCUUUCCCUCGACAAGACGCAGCGGCUGCUCCUCUUCUACGUGAACCGCCCCUGCGUCGUGGUGGGCCGCAACCAGAACCUCUUCCAGGAGGUGGCGCUGCGGCGGGCGGCUGCCGACGGCGUUUCCGUCGCUCGCCGUGCCUCUGGCGGUGGCGCCGUCUUUCAUGACGAGGGGAACCUCUGCCUCUGCUUCAUCACGCACCGCACGCGCUAUGCACCGGAGAAGACAAUCCAGCUGAUCCGCCUUGGGCUCUGUGUGAAUUAUGCGAUCGACCCUGCACGGCUGACCACGACAAGGCGGCACGACCUCUUCUUGGACGGAAAAAAGAUCACCGGAUCUGCAAUGCGGGUGCAGCGCGAAAUUGCGUACCACCACUGCACGCUGCUCGUCGAUACCCCACUGGCGUCGCUCGGUCGCUACCUUCACCCCGAAGGGGAGUACGUGGCGUUCAAGACGUCGUCGGUGGGCUCGGUGCGAAGCCCUGUCACCACACUCGCGGAGUCGGUCCACAUUGCGAGUGGGCAGGGCGCCAUGGCCUCACUCAAGAGGAACAUGGCGGAGUUUUUUCUAACUGAGGGUGAUCGAGUGCUGGAAGCAGCGGCACCGUGGGAGCUCGACGUGAGGGAGCUGCGGCAGUCCUUCGCCACCGCACGUCACUGCUGCGCGGACACGCCUCUCUUUUCCCUUGAUGUUGUCGGAGCCGUCGCGGCGGACAUGUCUUUCAUCGAGGGCGAGGGCAGGCGGGCGGCCAGUGGUGACCUCGCCACCCUUGGCGAGGCGGUUCACAAGGCUGCGUCGAAGGACUGGGCCUACGCGAUGCCAGCCUUCACAUCCACGGUGCUCCUCAGCAGCGGUGAGCUCCAGCGGCGCCUACAAGCGCUUUCCGUUUGGCCGGAUGUAGUGCGGCUAUCCUCUCUCGCGGAGGAGCAGUUGCUGGCGGCACUGCAGCAAUGUGUCUUUGCGGACUUGGUCGGCUGCGGGGAAGUCGUGGCAGAGACCGAAGUGGGGUUGCACCUGCUUACCACAGUCGAGCAUCGCCUCGUCACAUCCGUUACUGUGAGACGCGCGCCGUCGACAGAUGCCGCUACUCGUGCUGUGGCGCCCUUGGGCGGGUACUCGGGAGGAUGGGUGGAGAGGUACCUUUCGGCCCUGCUGGUUGGCCACGCUUGUGAUGCCGCUGUCGAAGGCCUGGAGAGCCUUGGCGACAUCACAGCAGUCGUGCAGGGCCUCCUGCACGAGACGGGGUCACUCUGCCCCGAACUGCCCGACGUAGCCCGCGACGCGGCGUUGCUAAUGGUAGCGCGAGUGCUUCUGAAUGUGUGGCGUGAUAAGAAUGUCUUUGAUCUCUCGCGCUAA